CCACUGUGGGGAUCCAUUAAGGAUUAUAAAAAAAUAAAACCUACAGGCUAUUUGGUCCUUUACACUGAAAGUUUAUGGUGAGAAAGUAAAAUUUAAGUUGAACGGAAUAAUCCUAAAAGUAAACAAGCGCCUCAAGAGGGGAAAAAAAAUAAAAAUAAUCCCGUCCGCGCCAGUGCGUCAUUCCAGCGUGUGUCUCCGUGUGCGUACUUGUGUGCGCGUGUGUCGCCCCUCUUCCCUUUAAAAUAGUUUUAUCUGCCACGCCCACACCACCACGAUUUCCCACUCAGCUGUUACAGAAAGUCGCUUUCAGUUUCCCCACGCGGCCAAUCCGCAGAUCCGUAGUGGGAGACUCGGGCUGCUGGGAGAGCGACCACGCACCGCUCCUCGUCCGUCACUGUUUUACAACUUGUUGCGCAGCUGCUAUUUCUAAGCCUCCUCUCCUCUGAGGUCCUCCGCUGCGCGCCGAGGCUGCGCCUGCCCCGCGCUCAGCCGCAAACAGCCGCUGUUUUGCCUGGUGAGGGAAAGGCAGGUGGGAUGAGGAGGGGACUCUCUCUCUCAGGGACUGCGUUUCUGUGCGUGCGGAGCGUAAUGUCGCGGCCUCGCGGAUCACCUUCCCGUGCGUAGGUGCUUGGCGGUGAAAUUUCUCGAGUCUCUUUAAUGCAGCAUGGUCAAAGGGACGGGGGAUGCGAGUCAUGAGCUGGACGCGUCCUUGCCACGGACUGGACUGGAGCCACAGCCUCUUCUGUCUGACUUUACUCCUGUGGACCAGGCGCAUGAGUGGACUGGCCGACUUUUCUAACUACCUCUCCAGGAUCAUCACCAGCCACUCCGCCCACGCCUGCGACGGGCAGCCUCUGCGGCUCCACUGCCCCCGACACUCCACCAUCUCCAUCCAGUCGGCCUUCUACGGGAGCGGGGAGGUGCGGCUGUGCAGAGCCGACCCGGACCUUCCUCUCAGGGCCCACAACCACAGCUGUUCGGCUUUUACCGCCCUACAGAAGCUGUUGUCGGAGUGUCAGAGCAGCAGAGACUGCCAGCUGCCUGUCAAUCACCUGCUCUUUGGAGAGGACCCAUGCCCGGGAACUACCAAAUACCUCCACGUGGACUACAAGUGUAAACCCGCUGAACACAAAAGACAUGUGGUGUGUGAGGGAGAGACCAUGGCACUGCGCUGCAAGCCCCCCAGGGUGCUGAACAUCUACGCAGCUGUCUACGGGAGAAGCCUGGGCCAGACGGACACCUGCCCCUCGCACCUGACAAGACCACCCCCAUUCGAGUGCCUGAACCACGAGGCCGUGCACUUGGUUUCCAAGUCCUGCUACAACAAACACAAGUGUGCGGUUGCUGUUGGCAACCAGACCUUCAAGGACCCCUGCUUUCCAGGAACCAGGAAGUACCUCAGCGUGGUCUAUUCUUGUGUGCCGCAGACCUUACUGAAGGAGGCCAACCCAGACAUUUUGAGCUCCACCUCAUCUCCUACCACGAAUACAGAAAGAGGUCUGGAGGAGCCGGUUCCCAAUGGGUCCAGAAGGCCACACGACUCAGGAGCUAUGAUGAGCAACUCUCUCCUGACGUAUGCCUACAUCAGAGAGCACCCGGAAACGGCGGCGCUGUUGUUCACCUCCAGCGUGUGCAUUGGCCUCCUGCUCACGGUGCUGGCCGUGUCCGUCCGAGUGACCUGCAGAUGGCAUCGGGCCGCACAAAAGCCCAAAACUACCAGCAGACAGGAGGAGGAGGAGGAUGAGGAGGAAGAUGACGACGACGACGACGAUGGAACAGAAAGCUCUUUAAUCUCGGCCGCGGAGAGGAAGGCGAUGCACGACUGGGAGGAGGUGACUUACGUGAGCGAGGCGGCGGAGAGGGCGGAGAGGAUUGAGCGCAGGGAGAUGAUCAUACAGGAGAUCUGGAUGAACUCCUACCUGAACGGAAGCUCGUGUUGAAUAAGUCACGAGACAUGGAUGCUGUUCAGGAAUUUUCUUUCUUUUCUCUUCCACACACUUUUUUUUUGUUGUUGUUUUUUUACACUGUAGUACAUUUACAUUUGUGCGUUUUUCCUUUCAGUUUGUGAAGAUUCACGUGUAAAAGCUCCAGUACCAGCAAAAAGUUAUUAUUUUUAUUUAUUCACAUUCACCGCUGAAUAAAGUUAAUGCUUCAGGCUGAAACGUUGUUUAAAAAAAAGGGAAAAACAUUAGUCAGAAGCUUUAUUUAUCCCACUUUGGGAUAAAUAAAGGUUUUUUCUUAUCUUGUAAAGUUGUUUCUUUAUGCGUGGCAGUUAUUUUCCAUCAAAUGGUCUCAUUACAGCUGGAUUAAUGAUACAAACCAAAGAACAUGUCAGGAUAUGUGGCCUGUCAUCUAAAGGGACCCAAAGCAGUUUCAUCUCUCAGAUAUCAACUCCCCUUUAACACAACAGUAGAAAUCAGGACUUUUUUCUUUUAAAUCAUGUCAUAAUUAUGUCACAGAAAAAUAAGCUGUUUCUGUCCCUAUAAGCUAUAGAUUUAACUGCAUUAGGUAGCUGAAAAUGGCAGCUAUUAAUGCUGUACCAGAGACUGAUAUGAUCAAGUUUCAUUUGCCAUAACUGAUCACUACUGUCUCUUUAAAGAAACCUGAUUUGAAUGUAGAAAAUGCGGAAUCGUCCUUUAAAUCGACACAUUACAUGUAAAUGUCUUUACAUUCAGUUUUUCUUGAAACCAGCCAUGUCUGUUUCAAUCACUGCACCAUCUCAGUUGAUUUUUUUUUUCUUUUCGACGCGGUCUAAACUCUACCACUUUCCCAUCCCAGCAGGGAUAUUUGGCAACUUCCUGCCUCAGCGUAGCACCAAUUUCUGGAGGUGUGAGACAAAGAGAGGAAAGGUGUAGCAUCCUUGUCCCUGUCCCUACUCCAAGUGAUGGAAAACUUUGUUCCAGUUGCAACAUUAUGUUAGAGACUGAUCUCAGUUAUGAUGCAACGUGAGUGAACAUUGUGUAUCAACAGGAAACACUGGAAACCAUUGUUUUAUUUUUUAAUUUUUUUUUUAUAUACACAGUAAACAGCUUCCAGAGCUUCGAUAAAAAUGUGGAGCUGUACAUUUGUAAGGGAACACAGGGAUCACAGUAAUGUUUCAAAUAAAUCAGGUUGAUCACAA